GUCGCACCGCCCCUUAAGUACGCUCCGAUUGGUUGUGGUGACCCGGCCCGGUAUCCGGGUAAGAUGGCCGCAGUCGGAGAGUGCUCGCUCCCCGCUCCAUGGCGGCCGGUCUCCCUCACUCACGUCGAAUAUCCCGCAGGUGAUUUCUCUGGUCAGCUUUUAGCUUAUUUGAGUCUUGGUCCAAUAUUCAUUAUUGUUGGUUUCGUAACACUCAUCAUAUUCAAGAGGGAGCUUCACACGAUCUCUUUCUUGGGAGGGCUGGCUUUCAAUGAAGGAGUGAACUGGUUAAUAAAAAACGUUAUCCGGGAGCCACGGCCCUGCGAAGAAGCCCAUUCAACAGUGACCACAAAAUAUGGGAUGCCGUCCAGCCACUCCCAGUUCAUGUGGUUUUUCUCUGUCUAUUCAUUUCUGUUCCUUUAUUUAAGAAUGCACCAAACAAACAAUGCGAGGUUUCUGGAUUUACUAUGGCGACAUGUGCUGUCCAUCUGCCUUGUGACAGUGGCUUUGCUAGUCUCAUAUAGUAGGGUUUAUUUGCUUUACCACACCUGGAGCCAAGUCUUAUAUGGAGGUGUGGCGGGAAGCAUCAUGGCCAUAGCCUGGUUUGCCUUCACACAAGAGAUAUUAACUCCUCUCUUCCCAAGGAUAGCUGCAUGGCCAAUUUCAGAGUUCUUUUUAAUCCGAGAUACCAGCCUCAUUCCUAACAUCCUGUGGUUUGAAUACACAGUCACAAGAGCAGAGGCAAGAAACAGACAGCGCAAGCUGGGUACGAAGCUCCAGUGACUCAGGAGGCGUGUGGACCAGAGUGCACAUUUUAACGGAGAAAGACGAGCAGAGACCUGGGAGCAGCAAGGAGCCUUUUAACAGACGGACCAAAGGAACAGGCAGGGACCAUACCCAAAACCUGAAAGCCUUUGCUCUGCUUUAGCAGCUAGCUGGAUGCUCCCUGAUGCAUGUGGGACCGUGCAGGAGUAAAAACUCAUUUUCAACACAGAUGCACAUUGCCGGUUGGAAUGUACCAUCACGUCUACGUUGGGGAGGGGGGAGAAAAUGCCUGGUGUCUUGUUUUGGGGGAGGGGAAAACCAAAAACGAAUCAUUUCUGUGACUUUUUUUUUCUCAGCAUGAAAUAUACACACUAUUUAUUUAUUUUUUUAAAUGGAACUAUUACUUUUGGGGUGGGUGAGGCAUUGAUUGUGUGUUUUGUUUUGCUUUUUGUUUGGGUUUUUAUUUUUGGAAGAAGAUGACAAAACUAAUCUCAAGUUCAUCACGCUUAAUUAGGACAUUUAAUUUUAAAAAAUUCCUUGGGAGGGAGGGGAGCUAGGAUGGGGGUGACUUAGAUGGAAGGGAGAAGAAGGUUUUCUUUCCUUUCUGCAGCCAUUUUGGGAGAUCAAAAUCAAUUCCAACUGCACUUUGUACGGAUAGGAAGAAAGUACUAAAGAUUUGCUUUUAACACUAGUGACGGUUCUGCAGGGAAGCCUGCACGGAUACCAUUAAGGGGAGUGUGUGUGUGUGUGUGUGUAAAACAGAGGAAAAACUGAAAUAUACUAAUGUUUUUUUCCACUGCUGCUCCUGUUGUGUAAUUAGCAAGAAUGUCUUUCUCAGAAUCUCUCUUAGGUGGCAAGACUACCAUAUGCCUCUCACGUUUACCCCAUCUCUUCCUUUAUACUUUUAUUAUCUCAGGGUUGCUGUGGUCUGUACAGCUUCUGUCGUUGUACUUAGUGUGCUGUUGAUGGCACUGGAAAGCCACUUGGUUUUAAGCAGUGCAAUGUUCCAAAAAGAGUCAGCCCAAAGCCUUACAAAAUUCAGUUGCUAAUCCCUGCCUUAAACCCUGGAUUUUCUGUUUGUUUUUUUGUUAAACUUCAAGGGUAGACUUUUUUAGGAAUGAACAAGGUGACAACUAAAACCUAGCCCAGCCGUUGUCUGAAUUAUUUCUGAAGAGUCCUGUUUGACUCCAACAGUGAACUUGAGGCAGUGAGGUUGUCCUAGCAGAUACCCAUUUUGAUGGCUCCGUCCGGGUUCUGCAAUAGUAACCUUGAAUGCUGAACUCCUACAAGCAAGUUACGCUCUUACUCUGUUCGAGCAGUACUCUUCCUUCUUCCUUUCCGAUUCUUCGUUUGCCGGGUGGCUCCCUGGAUGCCACGUCUCUGGGACUGUGCCCAACGACUCUGCGCGCUGGUGAUGCCUAGAACUUCUGUGGUUCGUGAGUUAACCUGGCGAGGGCUAUCCUCAAAGUGCUUUAGGGCCGUGCAUGGACACUUUCUGUAUUUCUCAUAUAUAUAAUGUAGCGGUUCAAGUGUUACUACAGAGAAAUAUUUAUUCAAAGCACAAUUGACUUGGAACUGUCACAGAUGAAGGACAGCUUCUGAACUGGCUCAAAGGUCAUCUGUGUGCCUUUGAUAGUCACGUGAGCAGAUGUAAAACAACUGUCUUAUCUCAGUCUUGCUGCCUGUUUUGCUAAUCUCCACUCUAAACGGAUUCCUGCAUUAUAAAGAUGCUUGAAGUGGGAUGCAUUUCUGUUCAUCUUGACUUUGAUAUUUAAAGUUUUCAUCUGUGCCUGUUGCCAUAGGAGUUUGUGCGUUCAUAUGGAGUGGGAGUUGGCUGCUGUAGAAACCAUUGGACAACCAGAGUGUUAACUGUUCUUUAUCUAGAAGAUCAGGAAUGAAAGCCACUUACAUUUUUGUGCUCAAGUAUCUUUUCUUUGAGUAGCAAACUCUGAAAUUGUUUUCAGUUAUUUUAUUAAUUUUUUCACACAAUGUGAGCAGUCCUGUUUCUGUUAGCAUCUGAAGGACCUGAGCACUGGAUCUGCUUUGAAGGUGCCUUAGAAUAAAGAGGCAUCUUGCAGCUUUUACAGGGACAUUAGAUCUGGCUUAGAACAGCUCUAUUAAAAUGAGAACAGGAUAUCAGGUAGGCCACGUGACAUGGCAGUACCAUAUGUUUGAGUUUGAAAGCUGAUACUAAUUACUCAUUUCUUGCAAAGCCACUUCAUUGUUCUUUGUUUCUCUUGUAAGUUAACUUACAAAGGCAGAAGGGGGGAUCACAUCUCCCUUUUCCAGGGACAAGGCUGAACAAGUAGACUGCUUCAAGAGCAGCUAGUGCCUCCUUAGCCUCUGCCAUAGCAACUAUUGUAAAAGACAGCUGGAAAAACUAUGUGUAGAAAUGCUGAUUGAGAACCAGAGCACAGGGCAUCUCCUUAGGGGCAGCAGUGUAGUGUAUAAAGCUGUGCCACUUCAUGUUGCCUUCAAACCCAAGCUUCCUACACUGAUGCUUGGGAGUAAAGGAGAGGGAGAAGAGCUCUUGUAAGAGGCUGUAAUAAACUCUCCACUGUUCUCUACUAGUUGUUGUAAUCUGCAUCUUCUGCCUACUUCUGCUGUACCUUUCUAGAAAGCUUUGCAGUACUUGGGAUAGUAGAAAUUCUUUAGUGAUCCCAUGUAUUUUCUUAACUCAAUGAUGCUGUGUGGAAAAGAGAUUCCAGCCCUACCUUAUUAUCCUAUGCUUGUAUGAAGCCUCCUGCCACUAGUUUUCUGAAACAAAAUGUUUUUUUGGAAUACAUGGCUUUGCAAGCAGAUGCUUUCUAGUUCCUCCCCUGUACUCAAGGGCUGGAUGGAGAUAUUAAGACAAUAAAAGGAAGGUGACAGAC